UUCAGCUAGAUUGAAUCUGUUAUAACGACUUUAACACUUAAGGGUUAACACUGAAACUUGCAUGGCUUUGGUUUCAGUGAGUUUUACCCAUAAUUUGAACUUGAGUGAAGUUUGGUGAACUUCAGCCAUUCAUGUUUAACUAUACUGUUUUGAUGUUGAAGCAGACAUCACGCGGGAAUUUAUGUCAAUUAAAAACUGAUGACCUUGUCUGCCUUCUUCAAACUCGCUUGACCAACCAUCACACUCCUCUCCUCCCCUCCCAUUGCCAUUCCACCCCUUUAAAUCUAGACAGGGCCUUGCAGUUCACAUCAAAACAGAAGACAACAGUGCAAAUUUGCAAAACUGGAAAGAACAUUUUUCUUUUUACUUGGGAAAAUAAGCAAUCAUGGUUUGGAAAAGCACUCUUGUCACUAUUUGUAUUCUUCAGCUAACUUCUCUGGGAGGGGGACAAAACGUUAACCCUGACAUACUGCUGGAAUCAGACUUUCCUCCAGCCAGACCUUCAUUGAAUAACCUCAACGCGAUCUGUCUUCAAGGCAAUGGCCGACACAGAUAUCCCACCAGCUGUUUCCCACCCUCAGGUUAUGCUUAUGCUCGUCGUGCUGGAAAUUCAAUAAACAGAGUUGAGGCAUGGUUUAGUCAGUGCUGCUUCAGUGGUGAGGCCCAAGGAAGUGGACAGAUCCUUUGCUGUGCCAAAAAGGCGUGGGAGACUGCCCUAUCCCGUUUCUGUGUCGAGGAGUACUCAACCAUGACCCUGCCCCAUGAGUGCUGUGAGAAGAAGGGGGGAGACAGGUGGAACUGCUUUGAAAGACAGGCUCCUAACCCGUUCUACCAGCCUCUGCUGGGUUACAUUGCCCCCAUAAUGCCACCUGACCAGAUUUUCAGCUGGGACCCCAAUACCUGUUAAAAAUCAAGAUGCUGAAUGAUUAUUAGUUCUUAAUGCCACAUGAGACCAUAUUUUGUUAUUGAUUUAGCUGCAAAAAAAUUCAGAAUCAUGACUUGGAGUUACUGCUUUUUUCUGGAAACAUCCUAUGUCAAUUAAUUAACCCCUUGCAUUCCUAAUGGUCUUUGAGUAACUCAGCCAUCUGGGCAAAAUACUGAAAAGAAAUGUGCAGCCUUCUUCACUGUAUGAUAUUUGGUUUAUCCUUUGAGACAAGAACUAUUUCUACUGAGGUCUGAUCUUUCACUUUACCAUUUUUAUAUAGAUAUAUUGGAAAAAUUGUGAUUAAUAAAUCAACACAGAUAAGAACAUUUUUAUAUAUAUUUCUGUAAAAAAAAUCUGCAACUGCUGUUUAAAUUGAACGCAACCACAUCUUGGAGUACUAAAAAUAUCUUGUACUUAUACAGUUACAAUAAAGAGCUUGAUUUG